AUGGAUAGUCAUGCAAGUAGCAACUAUUGUGAUGGACAUGCCAGUGGCGAGUAUAGGGGUGGUCUUGCAAGCGAAGACUUUUGUUAUGGUCAUGUCAGUGGCAAGUAUAGGGAUGGUCAUGAAAGUGCCGACUUUUGUAAUGGACAUGCCAGUGGCGAGUAUAUGGAUGGCCAUGUAAGUAACAGAUAUUAUAAUGGACAUGUUAGUGACGAAUGUAUAGAUGGUCAUGCAAGUGGCGACUAUUGUGAUGGACAUGUUAGUGGCGAAUGUAUAGAUGGUCAUGCAAGUGGCGACUAUUGUGAUGGACAUGUUAGUGGCGAAUGUAUAGAUGGUCAUGCAAGUGGCGACUAUUGA